AUGGCGCAUUGUUUACUUUUAGUUGGCCACAAAACACGGGAAUAUUUGUGGUCUACUAUCAAUUUUGUGUGUCAAUGUGCCGGCGCCCUGGGCAUGGAAUCGGGAGCCAUUCGUGACGAGGACAUUGCCGCCAGCUCAUCGUUCGACGGUGCCAGCGUCGGCCCGCAAAAUGCCAGGGUACGCGUGCAGAGAAAUGGAGGAGCGUGGUGCCCUCGCCAACAGGCCACUCAUCAGCCUCGUGACUGACUCGAGAUCGAUUUGAAAACGGACCACGUCAUCACGGCCGUCGAGACCCAAGGACGAUUCGGAAACGGCCAAGGGCAGGAGUUUACCGAACAUUUUCUGCUCGAAUACUGGAGAGAAUCUUUAGCGAAAUGGGUUCGUUACAAGGACACCAAAAGCGAAGAGGUAAUCGCAGGAAAUACGAACUCGUACGUGGCCGAGAAGCGUGAAUUGGAUCCGGUGUUGAUCGCCCGCAAGUUGCGAUUUUUCCCGUACAGCCAUCACAGACGAACGGUUUGCAUGCCAGUCGAGAUUUAUGGCUGCCCUUGGUCUGAGAGCAUUGCCAGCUGUCAGAUGACGCAGGGAGAUCAGCGAGGAGCCGGUUGGCAAUUCUACGAUGCCUCUUACGACGGCAUCUGCGGCUCUUUACUGCGCCAGGGACUCGGCCAGUUGACAGACGGCAAACUCGAUCCCGACAAUUUCAAAGCUAGUUAUUACGACCAAGAUCGAGGCUGGGUCGGGUGGCGUAACGACUCGCGCAACGGCCAGCCCGUCGAGAUCGUCUUCGAGUUCGACACGGUCCGCGACUUCACAUCGCUGAGCAUCUUUGCCAAUAACCAGUUCACCAAAGAUGUCCAGAUUUUCUCCGAGAUCAGCGUUGGGGAACAAGUGUACCCGGGUGAGCCGAUCAUCUACCGACCUGUCGAGGAUCGCAUCUUUGAGAAUUCACGCAACAUCAGCAUUAAGCUGCACCACCGAGUCGGACGCUACGUCAAACUGCGUUUGUCUUUCCCGGCUGCUCCGGCUCGCUGGAUUCUCAUCAGCGAGGUCUCUUUCCGCUCCGAAAUGGCCGCCAGAAAUUACACGACCGAAGUGGAUGGCAGUCCCGUCACCCCACCAGCCGCCGCACCCAUUCCGCCCGUCUCCAAUUUGCCACUCCCGCCAAGCGGUCACGAAGUCGGCAUCAACGCCGGCUCGCAGGAUCAAGCCAACGAAACGAGCCCACCUACCAGAGAGAACCAAACGUACAUGGCAAUCAUCGUCGGUGUCUUGGUGGCCGUCAGUUUCCUAUUGGCUGGGGCCAUCUUUUACAUGAUCAUGCGACGUCGUCAACGCAAGAGCCUCUCAGGCAGUCCGCUGCCGGACAAAGCCAAUUGGGCCUCUCAGAUCGGCAGUCAGCCCAGUCCCCGUCUGUUGGACGGCUCUGUCGGUGAGCAUCACGAAGAUCAAUUGUUGCAACACCAUCGUGGCAAAAGCUACAACAAGAACAACUCGCUGCCAUAUGGCAACAUUGGCGCCGACUUGUCGCGCUCGGACGCCGCCUCGCAAUACUUGCUGCCUCACUCGCCGGCCAGCGCCCAUUUGACUAGGACCGAGUACCAGGAGCCUUAUCACGCCCUGCGCUUCUCACCUUAUUACAGUUACAGCACUCUGUUGCUGGCCGGAACUGAAGGUGUCCCGAAAAAGGCCGGCACAUCCGCAGUAUCAGAUACGUACGACUACGCCGUGCCGGAUGUUAGCGGGAUUAGCAGCUGCAGCACUGCCCAUCAACCCCUACUAAUCCAGCAAUCUCUACAAAAACAACAUCAUCCGCUUAAGCCCAAAUUGCCCGUCGCUUCGCCACCUCCGCACGCAAUCGAAAUCGAAACUUUGGCCUCAUCUUCUCAUUCCACGACGACCACCGGCUCGGCAUCGUCAGCGUCCGUCCGUCUAGGAGGCAGCAAGAACAACAAUCAAAUCGGCCACUUGAACGGCAUUAGCGAAUCCAGCCCAUUGAAAAAGCCGAUCGACCGAGCAGAAUUAUUGUCCGCUCUGAAAUCACGGGCCGAAUCGCUGAUCAUACCGGAAUUAGCGCGUAGCAAAUUGCAUAUGGUCCAACGCAUCGCCAGUGGCGCGUUUUGUACCGUCUACAAGGCCGAAGCCGAACACAUUCCCGAGUAUGGUAGCGCCGUCUACACUUCACGGCGGCUGGUGGCCGCCAAAUACCUUCCCAAUACCUCCGACAAAGACAAGUCGGGAUUCUACCAGGAAGUGAGGCUAUUGGCAGCUCUGGACGAACCGCACUUGUCACGUGUGUUGGCCGUUUGCACGACGGACGAGCCCUUUUGCGUCGUUCUAGAAUAUCUGGAAUUCGGCGAUCUGAACCAAUUUCUCAAACUGCAUCGAUUCUGACCGGACAACCACUACAACUCGUCCGACAGCCGCAAUAACAUAUCAAAAACCUUCUCUACUCCGGACGAAACGUUAACAAUGUGCAGUUUGAUAUUUAUGGCCAAUCAGAUCGCCUCGGGAAUGCGUUAUCUCGAGUCUCUAAAUUUUGUACACCGCGAUUUGGCCGCUAGAACUGUUUGGUAGGAAAAGGACUCCAGGUCAAAAUCUUCGAUUUCGGUAGAGACAGUGACAUUUACGGACUGGAUUAUUAUCGCGCGGAGGAUCAGCUAAUCGGCUUACCAGUUCGCUGGAUGGCAUGGGAAUCCGUAA